AUGCCUUCGCCUGCCACAGUUCAUCAGGAAGAGCAAGUCGGUGAACGAGAAAGCGAAAGUGAGCAGCCGCGAGUACCUCACUACCCACGGACCCAAAGGCCUGUCCCCGAGGAAAAGGCCGCGGGCGACACCGGGACUCGAUACUCCAAGGCACAACGAGUGCAGACCCUCACAUUACUCUCUCUGGGCUGGACGCCUCGGCAAGUUGAGGACAUGAUCAACGUGCCAGCACCGCAGGCCAGGAGGAUUUUUCGCAAAGCCAAAGAACGCGGGUACUGUCCGCACGAGGAUCUUCGCAUUCUUGAUGAUUAUGUUGAAGACGGUAUUAUAACAGGAAGGCCAAAGAAGACAACACAAACACCAUCUGAGGUAGAACAACGGCUUGUUGAUCUUGCUGUCAAAGACAGGUCAGGUAGAGAGAAACCGAGCGACAUUCCAGCCUAUGAAACAGGUGUCAGUCAGUUCAUCAUUCUACGUUACGACUUUUCACAGACAUAA